AUGGAUGAUCAAAUGUCCCACCUGGUUAGGCGGUACACUUCGCAAUCCCAUUCUCCGAGUAUCUUGGUCCCGAGCAAGCCAGACGGACCCCUUGAUCCCAAUAGCGAAAAGUUCGACGCAAGGAAAUGGGCCAGGGCAUACUACAAUCUGCGAAGCGAUCUGAGUGGUGAUGCUCCCCCUCGAACCAGCAGCAUCGCAUUCCGCGGCUUGAGCGUUCACGGUUAUGGCACGCCCACCGACUUCCAGAAAACCAUCGGAAAUGUGUUUCUCGAGGGUAUCACCAUGUUCAAGCGACUGCUAGGACAGAAGCAACAACGCAUCAACAUCCUUCACAACCUGGAAGGAGUUGUGCAGCCGGGAGAGAUGCUAGCCGUCCUAGGUCCGCCAGGUUCAGGCUGCUCUACACUGCUGAAGCUCAUCGCCGGUGAUACUCAUGGUCUUCAUGUCAGCCAACAGGCGAACAUUAACUACCAGGGUAUCACCCCCAAGGAGAUGAAGACUGCUUUCAGGGGGGAAGCUAUCUACACGGCCGAGAUUGAUGCUCAUUUUCCCCACAUGACCGUUGGGGAUACCCUCUACUUCGCCGCCCGAGCCCGCUGCCCGAGGACUAUUCCUUCCAAUACGACUCGCCGCGAGUAUGCUGAGCACCUUCGAGAUGUCACAAUGACUAUGUUCGGAAUCCAGCACACAAAGGACACAAGAGUUGGUGAUGAUUUCAUCCGAGGAGUUAGUGGUGGCGAAAGAAAGCGAGUCACUAUCGCAGAAGCUGCCCUUAGUCAUUCACCUCUUCAGUGCUGGGACAAUAGCACACGAGGACUUGAUAGUGCUAAUGCGUUGGAAUUUUGCCGCACGCUGCGAAUUCAAGCCGACAUCUUGGACAGCACAGCUUGCGUCUCGCUUUAUCAAGCCUCGCAGGAUGCAUACAACGUCUUUGACAAGGUCAUCGUCUUGUAUGAUGGCCGUCAGAUCUUCUUUGGUAGAACUGAUCAAGCCAAAACAUACUUUGAGAACCUCGGAUUCAUUUGCCCUGAGCAACAGACAACUGCAGACUUCCUUACCUCGAUGACAAGCCACCAGGAGCGUAUCAUUCGCCCAGGCUGGGAGGGAAAGACUCCUCGAAGUGCUGACGAGUUUGCGGCAGCUUGGAAGGACAGCGAAGCCCGCCGUCUCUUGAACAAUGAGAUCGAUCAGUAUAUGGAAACCUACCAGUUUCACGGCGAGCAUUACGAGAAAUUCCUGACUUCGCGACGUCAAGAUCAAGCCUCUUCUCAACGGAGCCACUCGCCUUUCACGAUCUCAUACACGGAUCAGACGAUGUUGACGCUCUGGCGCAGCUGGCUCUUGCUCAAAGGCGAUCCUAGCACAUCCAUCACCAUGCUUGUCACCAACGUCUGUAACGCUCUCAUCAUCGGCAGCAUUUUCUACAACCUACCUUCUGAUUCCAACAGUAUAUCUCGCAGAGGUGUCCUCCUUUUCUUCCUUGUUCUCACCAACGCCUUCGCAAGCAUUCUGGAGAUUAUGACCCUGUAUGCUAAACGCAAGAUUGUGGAAAAACACGCUCGGUAUGCUCUAUACCACCCUAGCGCUGAGAGUCUGUCCGCCAUGAUAUGCGAUUUGCCAUAUAAGAUCGUCAAUUGCCUCCUGAGCAAUAUUACGCUGUAUUUCAUGACGAAUCUGCGACGUGAGCCGGGCCCCUUUUUCUUCUUUCUCCUCAACAUGUUCUUCAUCACUCUGACCAUGUCGAUGAUGUUUCGGCUACUCGGAUCUCUUACAAAGACGAUUGCACAAUCUCUUGCGCCUGCUUCUGUUAUCCUUCUGAUCAUCAUGCUGUACACCGGUUUCGCUAUCAAGGUGCAAAACAUGCAGGUUUGGCUUGCUUGGCUGAGGUGGCUUAAUCCUGCUCACUAUGCGUUUGAGUCGAUGAUGGUGAAUGAAUUCGUGGGCCGCACAUUCGAUUGUGUUAUGUUCGUUCCAUCAGGCACUGGAUACGAAGGCGUUGGCUCGGAACAGCGCGUCUGUUCUGUUGCAGGUGCAGAACCUGGUGCCGAUAUUGUUUCUGGAACGGCAUACCUGAAAACUUCAUACGGCUAUAUCAACGCGCACAAAUGGAGGAACUUUGGCAUCAUGAUCGUAUUCAUGAUUUUCUUCAUGGCUCUUCAUCUCAUCGCCACCGAGUUAAUUGCCUCAGAGAGAUCGAAAGGUGAGGUGUUGGUGUUCACCCGGAAGGCCAUGCGCCAGGGUAAGACGCCAUCUAAACAAGACGUCGAGUCCCAGGCCCCGAAGGAAAGUACGCCCAUCUCAAAGGAGAACGGCAGUCCGGCAUCUUUCCAGUCCCAGAAGUCAGUCUUUCACUGGUCAAACGUGUGCUAUACCGUGAAAGUGAAGGACGAAGAUCGACGCAUCCUCGAUAAUGUUGAUGGGUGGGUGAAGCCCGGAACAUUGACUGCUCUUAUGGGUGUAUCUGGCGCUGGCAAGACGACACUCCUUGAUGUGCUAGCAAGCAGGGUCACGAUGGGUGUUAUCUCAGGUUCCAUGCUUAUCGACGGGCACCCCCGUGACCUUUCUUUCCAGCGCAAAACCGGCUAUGUGACACAACAAGACUUGCAUCUUCAUACCUCUACAGUCCGAGAAGCAUUAACAUUUAGUGCUCUACUCCGCCAGCCUGAUACUUAUAGUGCCGAGGAUAAGGUUGAGUACGUAGAUACCGUCAUUGACCUCCUUGAUAUGCAAGAAUACUCAGAUGCUAUCAUUGGUGUCCCUGGACAGGGCCUCAAUGUGGAGCAGCGCAAGAGGCUGACCAUAGGGGUUGAACUCGCUGCUCGUCCUCAACUCUUACUCUUUCUCGACGAGCCGACUUCAGGACUUGAUAGUCAGACUUCCUGGUCCAUCUGCAACCUGAUGGAAAAGCUUACUCAGAACGGUCAAGCGAUUCUCUGUACGAUCCAUCAGCCAUCAGCCAUGUUGUUCCAACGCUUCGACCGUUUGUUAUUGCUGGCCAAGGGAGGCAAGACUGUAUACUUCGGAGAUAUUGGCAAAAGUUCUCACGUUCUUGUUGAUUAUUUCGUUCGAAACGGCGGUCCACAGCUACCCUCUGGCGCUAACCCAGCUGAAUAUAUGCUGGAAGUCAUUGGCGCUGCCCCUGGAGCUCACACAAGCGUCGAUUGGCCCAACGUCUGGCGUGAAUCGCCCGAAUACCAGCAAGUACAGGCCGAACUCCAGCGCCUUGGUUCUUCCACAACAUCUCCGCCGACCGAGAACACCUCAUCUAGCUACUCCGAGUUUGCUGCACCUUUCUCCUUGCAGCUCAAGGAGGUUCUCCGACGAGUCUUUCAGCAAUAUUGGCGGAGUACCUCUUACAUCUACUCCAAGGCUUUCCUUUCUAUCGGCGCGGCUCUGUUCAUUGGUCUCUCGUUCUUGAACGUGAGCAACACUCAAAGCGGAUUACAGAACCAGAUGUUCGGUGUCUUUAUCUUCCUUACCGUUUUCAGUCAACUCGUCGACCAAACUUUGCCAAUUUUUGUUUCUCAGCGCAGCAUGUAUGAAGCCCGCGAACGUCCUGCGAAAUCCUACUCUUGGAAAGCUUUCUUCGGGGCCAAUAUCAUCGUUGAAAUGUUCUGGAACACGGUCAUGGCGAUAUUUAGUUUUCUUCUCUGGUACUUCCCAAUGGGUCUUUAUCGCAAUGCUCGCGAAACCGGCGCAGAACACUCCCGUGCCACGCUAGUCUUUCUCUUCAUCUGGCUCUUCUUUGUCUUUACCACCAGCUUUACAUUUCUCAUCAUUGCUGGUAUCGACAGUUACGAAGUUGCGGGUGGUAUUGUUGGGCUUCUGACUAUUAUCAUGUUUGCAUUUAACGGUGUUCUUGCCGGACCUGGAACCAUGCCUAGCUUCUGGAUUUUCAUGUAUCGUGUCAACCCUUUCACGUAUUUUGUCGAAGGCUUCCUUGGGACAGCCGUCGCAAAGGCUUCGGCUCGGUGUGCUUCCAACGAACUCUUGACCUUCAAGCCUCCCAACGGUUCGACCUGCGGAGACUACAUGCAGGACUACAUCUCCUCCGCCGACGGUUUCCUUGUCGAUGCCGGGUCUACCACUGAGUGUCAAUUCUGUCCCAUCUCUAAUACUGACAACUUCCUUGGGGUUGUCAAUAUCUUCUUUGAGAACCGAUGGAGAGACUGGGGGAUUCUAUGGGCAUUUAUCGUCUUCAACAUUGUUGUCGCAACAUUCCUUUACUGGCUGGCAAGAGUGCCAAAGAACAAGAAGACCAAGAAAGAGUGA